AUGCUCAGUCCAGAAAAUUGGCAUUUUGAUCCUUCUUCUUCCCUCAAUUUGCUCCUCCAAAACAAAAGAAAACUUCCUUCAAUGUCAAAACUAACAAAGCAUUUACAUGUUCUUUUCUUGGUCUUAUUUCUUCUAAUUGAUACAUUGUUCAAAACCUUUACGGGUUUGUGCUUUAGUACAGACAGGGAACCACAGCUGAAUAAAUCAGACAAUGAUAGCAAUGGCAUCACCAAGUUAUCAUCUGCAAUAGAUUCUUCAGAUGGUGAGAUCCUACAAUCAACAAAUCUGGAGAUCUUUAGCUUUAGUGCACUAGAUAAAGCUACUAGUAACUUCAGUUACAAUGCGAUAAUCGGUGAAGGUAGUUUUGGCUUGGUCUACAAAGGGUGGAUAGAGGAGCAUCCAUUACAUGCUGAUUCUGCUAGGCGUGAGACCGGUACAGCUAUUGCCAUAAAGACCCUUAACCGGGACGGUAGCCAAGGUCAACAAGAAUGGUUGACAGAAAUCAAAUACCUGGGGCAACUUUGUCAUCCAAAUCUUGUGAAAUUGAUCGGUUACUGCAUAGAGGAUGACCAUCGGCUUCUGGUCUAUGAGUUUAUGCCUAAUGGAAGCUUGGAGAAUCAUAUAUCCAUCGAAGCAGGGGAUUCCGACAUUCAAGUACUAUCUUGGGAUCUCCGAAUAAAAGUUGCUCUCGGUGCUGCUAAGGGUCUAGCAUUUCUUCAUCAAAAGGUUUAUGCGAUGCAUCGAGACAUAAAAUCUACUACUAUCCUGCUCGAUGCAAAUUAUAAUGUCAAACUCUCUGGUUUCGGGUUGGCCAGAGAUGGGCCAACGGGCAAUAAAAGCUACGUUUCCACAAGGGCCUUGGGCAAUGAGUUCUAUGCCGCACCUGAAUGUGCUAGUACAGGUCAUCUUACUAAAAAGGGCGAUGUAUACAGUUUUGGGAUCGUUCUCCUUGAAAUAAUUUCUGGCAGGCGAGUUAUAGAGUGUAACAGGCCACCGGAAGAAGUAAAUCUAGGCAUUUGGGCAAGGAACCUCAGUGGACGCAAGGACAAGUUUUCCCAACUAUUAAAUCCUGCCAUUUCAGGUCAGCAUGCAAUAAGCAAUGCGAUAAAAGUUGCUCAGCUUGCGUUAAAAUGUGUUUCCCUGGACCCGAGGCUCAGGCCAGAUAUGGAAGAAGUUGUUGGAGUAUUGGAAGAAGCUCAGGGCUUCCAUAGUAGAAGUGAGAGGACAGAGGAUGUGAGCAUUACAAUUUAAGCAAUAGUUCCAUGUAAGCCACCUUCUUUUUUUUGUUUCUAUAUAAGUGCUGGACGGUUUUUAUAAUUGAAAGGAGGGGAUACGCGGGGACAUAAUAGAGGACACGACGGGAGUGUUUAAGUGUUAUUAGAGUUAAUUAUUUCAAUACAUUAAACUUCUUUUGAACUUUUUAUGUUAUUUAUAGAGAAAUUAAUCAUGAGUAUUAUUUGCUUUUA